GGGUGACAGUCGUGAGCGUGAGCCGCGCCCCCUUUUCCCGCCUCCGGCCGCUCCAUGAGAGCCUGGCGCGCGCUGCGGCGGGCGGCCGCCUCCUCCUCAUCCUCAUCUUCCUCCUCAUCAUCAUCCUCGUCAUCUUCUUUUCCUGCCGACGGGAAGCCUCGGAGGCGGGCAUGGGAGACUUCGCUGUCGCCGCUGGAGCGGCUGAGGCGGCUGCUGCCUCCCGAGGAAGCAGCGGCUGUGGCGCGGUGCGCAGCGGCGGCAGUGCCGCCGCCUCAGGCUCCCCCCGAGGAGAAGGAGGAGGAGGUGGCGGCGGCCGCCGCCUCCUGUCAAGCGCGGGUUGAGGCGGCGUGUCCCCGUUCCGGCCCUUUCCGCGCCGGGGAGCUGGCGCUGGCGGUGCUGCGGAGGAAGCACAACACGACGCUGAAGCUGCUGUGCCGGCUGGCGGCGGAGGCGGUGCUGAGCAGCCCCGGCGGCGUCCUGCCCCACCGCGACAUCAUCGGGCAGCUGCCUGGGCAGGUGCUGCUCGCGUCGGGCGGGGCGCGGCUGCUGCUGAGGCGGCCCUCGCUGGACGAAUACGUGCUGCUCAUGCCGCGGGGACCCACCAUCGCCUACCCCAAGGAUAUAAGCGCUAUGUUAAUGAUGAUGGAUAUCCACCCAGGAGACACCGUGUUGGAAAGUGGUAGCGGGUCGGGUGCAAUGAGCUUGUUUCUGUCAAGAGCAGUUGGGCCCAAAGGACGUGUUCUAAGUUAUGAAAUCAGAGAUGAUCAUCAUAGUUUAGCUAAGAAGAAUUACAGGCACUGGCGUUCUGCAUGGGAAAUAGGACACAUGGACGAAUGGCCAGAUAACGUGGAGUUCAUUCUUAAAGACAUUUCAACAGCUGCUGCAGAUAUGAAAUCUGUAACACUUGAUGCAGUAGUUUUGGAUAUGCUGAACCCUCAGUGUGCUCUGCCUGUUGUACACCCAAGCCUGAAACAAGGUGGGGUGUGUGCUGUGUACUUAGCAAAUAUCACACAGGUCAUUGAGCUUUUAGACAGAAUACGGAGCUGCAAACUUCCUUUUUUGUGUGAAAGGAUAAUUGAGGUAACUCACAGAAGCUGGUCAGUCCUCCCUGCUAAACUCAAGCAUUAUAAAUCAAGCCAAAUGGUGGAAACUCAAGAAAAUAUUGAAGAAUUACCUCAAAAUGAAUAUGAAGAAAUCCAUAUUCAGGAUCAAGCAGUUCUUAAAGAAAGCAAAUACAAUGAGUCACUCAGUGAUGCUGGUGAAACAAACCACUCUGUGCCUUACAUUGCCCGACCAUCCCACUGUCAGGAAGCUCAUUCAGGACUCUGCAGCCUGAGGUAGGACUGAGAUGGGGAUGACUCAAGGAUUCGGCUUGGAAGCAUUAAGGAUAAACAUCAAAAUGGAGGGGCUGAUCCCUGAACCCAACAAGGAAACAGAACUUUACCUGACUCUAAGUCCUCUGAAUGAGAUAGUGGAAUUAACUGGUUCUCAGCUUUGCUUUUUAUUAACCACAAUUUUCAGAAGGUUGUUGAACAAGUCAUUCAAGAAUAUCGGGAAGAAAGGAGCUUUUGGACUUCCAAGUCGCUUGUUGGGCAUCAGGGAGCGCUGUUUCACCACCAGCGACUUGAACCGAGACAAUGCAGCGUUUGUCCAGCUUAAUACACGGGGUUUCAUGUCGUACCUCUUUCC